CCACCCCCACCCUCUCCUCGGGAGGAGGCCCGCGCUAGAGAUCUCGAAAUAUGGCCUGAAGGCAGUAGGGAGAGAGGGGAAAGAGCGGGAGAGCCCAGGGCCCCCGGGCCAAAAGCGUAGGCCGGCCGGCUUUUGGAGCCUUUUCCACCCUGCGAAGCGGAGGAGUAGCUAGCGUUUUUGAACUUGAACGGGAGGUUUGCCACCUCCCUAAGACAUAGGGCCCUCUGCCCCAGUCUCCCCGCCCGGGGGCAUGUUCAUUGAAGUGCUAGCAAGGAGCUGCUGCUGCUGCAGGAUCCUAAACGCUUGCACACAUCUGAAAAGCCUUGACUCGUAUCCUAUCCCUGGCCAUCUUGAGCCUGCCCUAGGACCGCAGCCAGUCAGCCUUGGGCCGCGGAGCCCGGGUCCAUAACCCGCAGGCAGGCAAGCCAAAAUCCAGGCAUCCAUGGACCCCAGCGAUUUCUCCAACCCAUUUGACGCACUGGCUAUGCCAGAGAAGCCCCUGGCUGGAGACCUUCCAGUGGACAUGGAGUUUGGAGAAGAUUUGCUGGGUUCUCAGACUGCUCCAAACCAGGGCUGGACUCCUCCCGGCCCACCCCCAACCACCGAGGCCCUAGACUUGCUGGAUACCCCUGCUGGCCUGGAAAAAGACCCCAGCGUUCUAGAUGGAGCCACUGAUCUCCUGGGACUUGGGGGGCUCCUCUACAAAGCACCCUCUCCUCAGGAGGUUGAACAGGGUCCUGAGGGAUCACUGGGGUGGGCCACAGGGGACCAGCCUCUAGAAUCUGCCCCCAGAGGACAGGCGCCUGAAGUAGCGACACCUGAUCCUGGAACUGGGGCAAGCCCUGCCUUGACUGAGGGGCUCCUAGAGCCCCUGGCCCCAGAUUCACUGAUCAACCUGGAAGAGGAAGCCCCCUCUACAACUGCUAGAAGAAAGGGCCCCCCUGGGCAGGAAGAUGAGCUUCUGCAGGGGCAGCCCCCAAGCCCAAAUGCCCCACCAAGCCCCUCUGUGGGAGAGACCAAGGGAGAUGGAUUCAGUGGCUCCAAGACCCAGCCCAGCCCCCCAGCACACCCUUCCUUGCCAGGGGAUGGCCAGACUGAGAAGAACAGCGAGCCGCCUCCGGAGAAGGAACAGAAGAGAAGCGAGCGGGCUCGGAGAGUAGAGGCCCCCAAACCGGAGACUGUGGAUUCCUCAGAGAGUAUUCCGGUAUCAGAUGAGGACUCUGAUGCCAUGGUGGAUGACCCCAAUGAUGAGGACUUUGUGCCCUUUCGGCCAAGGCGCUCUCCCCGAAUGUCCCUGCGAAGCAACUUGGCCCCCCGAGCUGCCCGCUCAACAGCCACCAAAAUGACCUGUGCCCAUUGCCGGACCCCACUGCAGAAGGGGCAGACUGCCUACCAGCGCAAAGGGCUCCCCCAGCUCUUCUGCUCCUCCACUUGUCUUACCACGUUCUCCAAGAAGCCUCUGGGCAAGAAAACCUGCACCUUCUGCAAGAAGGAGAUCUGGAACACCAAGGACUCCGUCGUGGCCCAGACAGGGGCAGGCGGCUCCUUCCAUGAGUUUUGUACAUCAGUCUGCCUAUCCCUAUAUGAGGCCCAGCAGCGGCCAGUGCCCCCAGUGGUUGACGCAUCAGACGCCACCCGCUGUAGUAUUUGUCAGAAGUCUGGAGAGGUUCUCCAUGAGGUCAGCAAUGGCAGCGUGGUACACCGACUUUGCAGCGACUCAUGUUUCACCAAGUUCCGUGCCAACAAGGGACUAAAGACCAACUGCUGUGACCAGUGUGGAGCCUACAUCUACAGCAAGGGAGGGGGCGGGGCCCCUCCCCCUGAGCUUCUCUUCCAUGAGGGCCAGCAAAAACGCUUCUGCAGUGCGGCCUGCCUGGGGGGCUACAAGAAGAAAAAUACCCGAGUGUACCCAUGCGUCUGGUGCAAGACGCUGUGUAAGAACUUUGAGAUGCUAUCCCACGUGGACCGGAAUGGCAAGACGGGGCUCUUCUGUUCUUUGUGCUGUACCACCUCCCACAAAGUGAAGCAGGCCGGCCUGGCUGGCCCUCCCCGCCCCUGCAGCUUCUGCCGCCGUAGUCUGUCUGACCCCUGUUACUACAACAAGACCGACCGCACAGUCUACCAGUUCUGCAGCCCCAGUUGCUGGACCAAAUUCCAGCGUACAAACCCUGAGGGAGGUAUCCAUCUGAGCUGCCACUAUUGUCACAGUCUGUUCAGUGGCAAGCCUGAAAUCCUGGAUUGGCAGAACCAAGUGUUCCAGUUUUGUUGCCGUGAUUGCUGUGAGGACUUCAAGAGGCUUCGAGGUGUGGUGUCCCAGUGUGAGCACUGUCGGCAGGAGAAGCUGCUUCAUGAGAAACUUCGCUUCAGUGGGGUGGAGAAGAGCUUCUGUAGUGAAGGCUGCGUGCUGCUAUACAAGCAGGACUUCACCAAGAAGCUGGGCCUAUGCUGCAUCACCUGUACCUACUGCUCCCAGACCUGCCAGCGAGCAGUUACUGAGCAGCUGGACGGCAGUACCUGGGACUUCUGUAGCGAGGACUGUAAGAGCAAGUACCUGCUAUGGUACCGCAAGGCUGCCCGCUGCCAUGCUUGUAAGCGACAAGGAAAGCUUCUGGAGACGAUCCAUUGGCGGGGGCACAUCCGCCACUUCUGCAACCAGCAGUGUCUCCUUCGCUUCUAUAGCCAGCAGAACCAGCCCAACCUGGACACCCAGAGCGGGCCUGAGAGCCUCCUGCACAGUCAGUCUCCAGAGCCCAAACCCUCCACAGCCGCCCAGCCCAAAGUCACCAGCAGCAGCAGCAGCAGCAGUAGCAGCAGCAGCAGCAGCAGCAGUAGCAGCAGCAGAAGCAGCAGCAGCAGCAGCACUGCCGCUGCUGCCACCACCACCACCACCACCACCACCACCACCACCACAACAACAACAACAACAGGUACUGCCAAAAGCCGCUCGGUCCCAACUGACCCUACCCCCCCACCUGCACCUUCGAUGCCUCGGAAGAACAAAGCCGCCAUGUGUAAGCCCCUGAUGCAGAAUCGGGGCGUGUCCUGCAAAGUUGACAUGAGGUCCAAAGGGUGUCAGACAGAGCAAGACUGGAAGCCACAGGUGAUCGUGCUGCCCGUCCCAGUGCCCAUCUUUGUCCCAGUGCCUAUGCAUCUGUACAGCCAGAAAGUCCCGGUGCCUUUGUCACUGCCUAUCCCAGUACCUGUGCCCAUGUUUCUGCCCACAACUCUGGAGAGCACAGACAAGAUUGUGGAGACUAUUGAGGAGCUAAAGGUGAAAAUUCCAUCCAACCCGUUAGAGGCUGACAUCCUAGCCAUGGCAGAAAUGAUAGCAGAAGCUGAGGAGUUGGACAAGGCCUCAUCCGACCUCUGUGACCUGGUGAGUAACCAAAGCACAGAAGGUCUGCUGGAAGACUGUGACCUGUUUGGGCCAGCAAGGGAUGAUGUUCUCGCCAUGGCAGUGAAGAUGGCCAAUGUGCUGGAUGAACCAGGGCAGGACCUGGAAGCUGACUUCCCCAAGAAUCCCUUGGACAUCAACCCCAGUGUGGAUUUCCUCUUUGACUGCGGCCUGGUGGGGCCGGAUGAUGUGUCCACUGACCAGGACCUGCCUCGAGCCAUCCGGAAGGGUCAGAAGCGACUAGUGCUUUCAGAAAGCUGUUCCCGGGAUUCCAUGAGCAGCCAGCCCAGCUGUACAGCCCUGAACUACUCCUAUGGUGUCAAUGCUUGGAAAUGCUGGGUACAAUCAAAGUAUGCAGGUGGGGAAUCUAGCAAGAGCGAGGAGCUGCGCUUUGGUCCCAAGCCAAUGCGGAUCAAAGAGGACAUCCUGGCCUGUACAGCUGCUGAGCUCAACUAUGGGUUGGCCCAGUUUGUGAGAGAGAUAACACGUCCCAAUGGCGAGAGAUAUGAGCCUGACAGUAUCUACUACCUAUGUCUUGGCAUCCAACAGUACCUACUAGAAAACAACCGAAUGGUAAACAUUUUCACGGACCUUUACUACCUGACCUUUGUUCAAGAACUCAACAAGUCUCUGAGCAGUUGGCAACCCACCAUCCUCCCAAACAACACAGUGUUCUCCCGUGUAGAGGAGGAGCACCUCUGGGAAUGCAAGCAGCUAGGUGUGUAUUCUCCCUUCGUCCUGCUCAACACCCUCAUGUUCUUCAAUACCAAGUUCUUCGGCCUGCAGACAGCGGAGGAGCACAUGCAGCUGUCCUUCGCCAAUGUGGUGCGCCAGUCACGCAAGUGUACCACUGCUCGCGGCACCACCAAGGUGGUGACCAUCCGCUACUACGCACCUGCUCGCCAGCGAAAGAGUCGAGUUCUAAGGCCCCAGGUGGAGAACCCCUCCCCUAAGCUGCCUUGCACCUCCUCUCCAGACACCAGUUCAGGGAAGCGGAAGAGGGAGGAUGAACUUCCUGUGCUGGAACAGCGUGAGAACCGUAUGAACCCUCUGCGCUGUCCUGUCAAGUUCUAUGAGUUCUAUCUCUCCAAAUGCCCGGAGAGCCUGCGCACUCGGAAUGAUGUGUUUUACCUGCAGCCAGAGCGGUCUUGUAUUGCCGAAUCUCCGCUUUGGUAUUCUGUGAUCCCCAUGGACCGGGGCAUGCUGGAGAGCAUGCUGAAUCGCAUCUUAGCUGUGCGCGAAAUCUAUGAAGAUCCAGGUCGUCCUGGCGAGGAGGACCUGGACUGAGUGGGCCAUGCGGCCACACUCUCCACACCAAUGUCUGUCCUGUGGCCCACCCCUGCCCUUGAGAGGGGCCGGCCCAGGCACCAAUGCUGCUCAUUCUGAAGGGCCCUGCCCAUCCCUCCCCACUCCUUCUCCCAAGGCCUCAGGCCCUGGCACCCCCUGGCUUUCCACCUUCUUCCAUACCACUUGUUAAUGCUGAAGACCUUGUUCCUUUGCUCAGGGGCUCUUCUCCCAGUGCUAGGUCCCACUGGGGUCGGGGGUGGGGCUCUCCUCUGUGCCUCAGAGCAAUACUUCCCCCUUGGGCCAGAUUGGGGUAGGGGGGAGUGGGAGGGAAGAAGGGGGAAGGCUUGGUGACAGACUUGGUAGUCCUCACCUUGCCAGUCUGAAAGGCAUUGGGUCACCAGGCCUGGGCAAGGUAAGGCGGUGCCCUUAGUGGGUUACCAGGUUUGGGAAAGAGCCUGGUGCCUUGCCUUUCCCUCUCCUAAAGGUGCCACUUUGGGGCCCUCACUCUGAAAGAUAGCUAGCAGGGGUCUGAGAGGACCAUUUCCCUGAAGCACAGGAUCAAGGGGAUACCCUUUCUCCAGGGUUAGCCACUACUUCCUGUGCCAGGCCUCUCCUCCCUGCUGGAGUCCUAUCAGCACUUCCUCCCUCCUGGGCACCAGGCCUAGUGCUAUGAGUUUAGUGAUUUUCCUAGUGCUUCUCCAAACCCCUGUGCCACAUGCAGAGAAUGAAUGACUCCUGGGUGCGUGCUCACUCUCGGAGUGUCGACUUCUGCUCUCCGUCUCUGUGUGACUCUCUGACUCGGCCAGCCACGGCCUCGAUGCCGUGCAUACCCCAUUUUCCCUGACCUCCUGCCUGCUCCCCCCCAAGCUCAGUGGGCAGAGUUCCCCCAGCAAUAACCAUGCCUGUUCUCGGCAUGGGAUUUUGUUCCCCACUCCUGUCCUGCCCCCGGUGAAGAACCAGGCUGAGCCUGUGGGGGCCCUCUUGACAGUUUGGGUGGCAUCUGCUAAAACAACCCUAGUGGGGAAGCUGAGUCGGGAGGCCCCUCCUCCCCUGAUGCCUUGUUUCUCUUUCCCUUCAUUGCCUUGUUGUUCCAGGUUAGCUGAAUAGGGUCAGGCAAAGGGGUGCCCAGCUUCCCCCAAUGGCUUUGCUGUUUCCUGGCCCCACUUCUGUGGUUUUCUAACUGUUAUCGGUUUAGCCGCUGUUUAAAUUGUAUAUAUUGUUGUGAGGUGCCUCACCUGUCCCCACAGUGAUGCUGACGCCCUCCCUCGUGUUGUAGUGAGAGAAGCCGUUGUCACAACUAACCUUCUGUCCCUGGAACUGUUUGUUUCAAAUAAAGAUUCCAAAAUA